GGCCUGUUUGCGUCGCAAUAGAUUGGCGCCGCGUGGACGUCGGCGCGAACGGCUUCGUCGCGAAGUUCCGGCGGGCGCGGCGCGCUGGGCGCUCGCCGGGCGUUGCGUGCAGGCGCCUAGCUUGGGCGCUUCAUCGCCGCCCGCGCUGCGAGGCGCCGGCGCGGCAGCGCGCCAUCGCAGAGCGUGCGUCGCGGUGGCUGGGCGCGUUGGCCACGCUGUGCUGCCGGCGCCUGGGCGGCUUCGCGCGACUGAGGUGGGCGACCUGCGACGCUGCGCUGCUGUCGGCCGCGCCCGGCCGCUCGGCAUUCAUCAGAACAGCAACGCGGACCAGUCAACGGCUGUGA